AUGUCCACCAACAACAUCACCAGAACUACCACCCCCCGCGCCUCUCCCUCCACCCGCCAACCACUUACCCGCACCUCCCUCCUCAACACCCUCCAAACCCUCACCACCCAAAUCGACACCAUCCUCGCAUCCCUCCACCGCCACCACCGCACCCUCACCACCUCAAUCACGCAAACCCAGUCCUCCAUCGCCUUUGCCGCCCGCUUCAACACCAUCCUCCCAUCCACGGAGCUAGCCCACUGGACCGCACAACUCGGGACCAUCAUGCGCGCCAUGGCGCUUUGCACUGCGCACCGCGUGCAGAUGCAGCAGAUUGAGAAGACGGUGAAGGAUUCGGGGGAAGGGAGGUGGAUUGAGGAUGGGGAGGUGGGUGCGGAUAUGGUGGAUUUGGGGGCGCGCUGGAGGACUGCGGCGAGGGCGCAGAGGGUGUUUUUGAGGAGGGUAGGGGAGUUGGAGGGGGAGUGUGGGUUGGAGUUUAAGGAGGGUGGGGAGGGGGAGGGGUUUGUUGUGUAUAAUUAG